CAAAAUGUGUGUUGCCUUCCUCUGUUUCUCCCAGUGAGACCGUGGCCUCUGUACUUCUCUUCUGGCCGUCCCCUGUAUAUCGGACAGCAUGACUCGUGAUUCAUCAAGCAGCCGUAGAAAGCCCAAAGCACCUGUUCGUCGCCCCCCGAAGCCUGUCCCUGGAACACAUGCCCCAGCUGAAUCCCCAAGAAGAAGUGGUGCCUCCCUGAGGUCUUCAAGAGCCUCUCCCAAAAAGAAGAAGUUCCGACCAGGAACCAGGGCCCUAAUGGAGAUCCGGAAGUACCAGAAGAGCACCGAUCUUCUCCUCAGAAAGGCGCCAUUCGCCCGACUGGUUCGGGAGGUGUGUCAAGGUUUUACCAUACAAUGUCACCGGUGGCAGGUCUAUGCUCUCAUGGCCCUGCAAGAGGCUGCAGAGGCAUUUCUCGUCAUGCUUUUUUCAGAUGCCAACCUGUGUGCCAUCCAUGCCAAGAGAGUCACAGUGUUCCCACGAGACAUUCAACUGGCCAGGAGGAUCCGUGGGGUUCAUUCCAUAUAAAGCCAGCUGAGAGAAUCCCAGCAUCAUUAAGAUACUGUUUAUGUUGUUCUUUCCCUGUUUUCAAUACAUUUAACUCAUUUCAUAUUGAUGUGUACAUUUUGUUCAUUAGUAAACUUAUUUUUUCAACAAUA